CUCACAUGCGCUCACACACUCUGUUUCCUGUGUGUUUCUCUCCCAUCGUGUCAGUCAACCAGUCAGUUGAUUAUUUUUGUGGGCGCGUGUGUGUUUGAUGGGGAUGUUGAAAAGAGCAUGUAACCAUCCUUCCUCUCUAUGAACGACGGACAAGAGACACAGAGACGAGGACACGGGGACGGACAGUUUCUCACGGAGGAAGCUCACCCACCAGUCUACCUCCUGACAUCACCACUGCUGCUGUCUAUGAGCUGCACUGAGGCAGGGGAGUGGGCUUUCCAACAAUCCUGACACACGGAAAAACCCUGUUGAAGCUCCACCAGCAGCAGCAGCAGCGGCUGACAUCAUGUCCUCUCCUCCCCUCCCCAUGCCCUCUCUCCCCCCCAGCCCGCUGGCCAUGGAGUACCUGAAUGACUUUGACCUCCUCAAGUUUGAGGUGAAAUCUGACACUCCUCCACUCCCUCCUCCUUGUCCAUAUCCCAAAUCUGGCUGCGACCCCUCAAGCUCACCAUACACCAGCCACCCUCCGCAGGACUCCAGUUUGAACUCCAGUCCAUACAACUCGCUGCCGCCCUCGCCGACGCUCAGCGACGCCCACCCGCCUCCCUCAGGCUCUUCCUCCCUCUCAUCUUCAUCCUCCUCCAUCUCCUUCCCCUUCUCCAUCUCGAACAGCUUCAACUCUGGCAUCAGCUCUGGCUCUCAGGGGAAUGUGGAGGGGAGCCCGGGCCACAGUGGGCCCCAGGGUCCCACUCCGGCCUCGCUGGAGGACCUGAUCUGGCUAGCAGCGCUGCAGCAACAGUUUGGAGGGGAGGUGACAGGGCCUGCCACUCUGCUGGGAGCCUUGGGCGGGGUGCCAGAGAGAGGGGACAGAGAGAGGGGGCCGGUAAACGGCUUCCUGGGCUGUGAGGAUGCUGUUGAGGCCCUGCUGAACUCAGCUGCUGCAGCUGUCAGCUCACAGUUUCCAGGUCUCUCUCAGAGUUCCACCAGCAAUCUUGGAGACUCAAGCAGCGAAAGCGGAGGCGACAUAUCCUGCACCAAGGGGACAGACAUGUGCCAUCGCCCGCUCGUCUUCCUCUCAUCGGCCCCUGCCUCGCUCCCCAACGCCACCCAAGCCUCGGCUCCCUACCCGCAGCCUCUCAGCCCCCAGGGUCGCCUUCAUCACCACCAGCAUCACCAUCAUCAGCACCACUCGCAUCACUCCAUGCAUGGCAGCCAUCACCAUCACCACCACCCACUAGUUAAUCAGUGUGGGUCAAACGACCGCUUCUCCGACGAGCAGCUGGUGAGCCUGUCGGUCCGCGAGCUCAACCGACACCUGCGUGGCGUGAGCAAAGACGAGGUGGUGCGCCUGAAGCAGAAACGCCGCACGCUAAAGAACCGGGGCUAUGCCCAGUCCUGCCGCUACAAGCGCCUACAGCACCGCCACGCACUGGAGUCAGAGAAACAUGUGCUCACACAACAGUUGGAGCAGCUGCAGUGUGAGCUGAAUCGAGUGCUGAGGGAAAGAGACACCUACAAGGCUCGCUACGAGAAGCUCCUCAGCACGAACCACGGCGCCGGCGGCGAGGCCCCACUGACCCGCCCCACAAACCCACCUUCCCCACCCCCCGACUACUUCCUCUGAGUUUAUACCCACAGAGGAGAACAGAGAGGAAAGACAAGCUCAGCCAACGUGGAGCGACCAGUGAUGAGGGAGCAAACUUGGAGAAGCAAAGAAGUAUGCGUUUAUGUGUGAGUGUGCACGUGUGCGUGCGUGUGCAUGUGUGUGCAUGUGUGUGUACAGCAGGGAAGGUGAGAGAGACAUUCAGUUUCGGGGCGACACAACUGUGAAAUCCACCCUUGAAUGAAGGGGAAUCAUAGAGCGAGACUCUAGGCUGCUUCUUGGACUAAACUGUGAAUAGUUGCACAAACACUGGGUAGGAGCUCAUUGAGAUCCUCUGCCUGUGACACCAGCACAACAGUGGACAAAUACCACUGACGGUAUCAAAUUACAAUGGUAUUAAUCCCUGACCCUGCUGAAGCACAUUAUCUAUGCAAUGUGACACAGCUGCAAUGGACUCUCCAAAUGAGUGUCGAGGCUCACAUCGUAGUUUUGUUUUUAUUUUUAUAUAAUAAGCUGCUACAAAGCUGCAGAGGUCUGAGUAGUGCAGUGGUACUGGAUGUGGAGUGGUAUGAGCUUGGAUGAAGUAUCCACAGCAUGCAGUUAAGUAUAUUUGCCAGCUAAUAUUUCACAGUUGCCUACCAAAGUGUUUAAGCUCACCAAGACUUGUUAUUCUUUGUAAAGUGAAUAAUCAUAGAUUAAAGAAUGUACAAGGAUACCUCUCACGGGGACCUUCCAGUGAUUGUGCUAAACGAAUACUGCUUCUUUUUUUUCUUUUUUUUUUUUUAGCAAAUAAAUCUAGUUGAAAAUGCAGACUUUCAACCAUUAACACAAACAGAGAAGACUUGUGUUUGCUCUCAAGGUUUUUUU